AUGAACACUAACAAGGGUAUCGUAGAAAAGUAUAUUGAAAGUUGUAUUGGUUUUAUUGAAGAUGAAAAUAAUAUUUCUACCAACAACCGUAUCAGAGUACCUCGUAAGCUUUUGGAAAAGUAUGACAAUCAGGGUUAUGGUGUAGAAAGCCAAGUUGCUAUUAGCCAAACAGUUGUAUCUGUUAUGGAAGAUUACAUUGUUGAUAAAACAAAGAGUGCUCCAAUUCACAAAAUUCCUCUCCAAUUAAACAAUCCAAAGUCCACCAAAAGAACAGUUCAAAGAAUUAAGAAGCAGAAUAAGGUGUUCAUCAAAGACAUUCCAAAUGAACUGUCUAACUUCUCCAAAUUCGUUGGUGCCAAAAGCAAGGACUUGUCUACCUCUAUUGAUGAUAUUCUUGCUGAAGGAAGACAGUGUUGUCCUCAACUAUUUGACUAUCUUAAAACCAUUUGCUUGAAGCCUUCUGAAAGAAAGCAAAUUCCUGAUAGAGUGAAGAACAUUCUAUCUGUGUGUGUAAUGUUAUUGGCUAAUGCCAGCAACAGAAUGGCUACUUGUUUUCCUACAACUCUAGGUGCUGUUCUUUACAGCAAUGGAACAAGUCAACAACUUGUUGAUUUGCUUUGCAAGAUGGGUAUUACUUCAUCAUACAACACAAUUACCAAUCAAUUAAUGGGCUAUAUUAAUAAGAGACAAGAAGAGUUCAAGAGAAAAAGCAACAAUCCCAAGUACUUGCCAAUUACCAUCUCUGACAACUUCGAAAGGACUGUCAGUGGUAAGUUUUCAAUUCAUAAUACCCAAAAGGAAAUGAUUUCCACCAUUACUACACUUGCUCUUGCUCCAGAAGUUGAUUUUGAUUAUAACAUUGUUGGUCUUAAUGAAGCAUUGUUGUUCUACAGAAUGGACUAUCCUAAAGCAGAAAGAGAAAUGACACAAUACGUAGAAGGUAUUGUAAAGUCCUUCAUGUUGAAUUCUGAAAGUUACCUUACAUCCAAUACUACUCACAAAAGAGACUCGUAUUUGGAAUACGAGUGUUGGCCUUCUUUCUUGGGCAGUGGUAAUUCAAAUGAGGCAAAGACCAUGUAUUACACUGAACACAUCAAACAAGAUGUGAUGAAAGAAGGUGUUGUUGUUGGUGAUCAAGUAUUUGCUGCUUUUGUAUUAAGAGCUCAACGUCAUAGAAAGUUACAAGAAUUCUGGGUUGUUCCAGGUGAUUGGCAUUUCCAUCAAGCCAUGAUGAGAGCUACUUUAAGACAUGGCUGGUUUUUCUUUGCAAGCCUUGUUGAACUACUCCAAAGUCGUGUCUCGAUUGAAGGUAAAAACUACAACGAUACACGAGUAUUCCUGGAAACAUUUGUUCAUGGCAUGAAUCAAUGGCUGAUUCAAUUAUUCUCCAACUCCUGUUGCUUUGAUUCAGAUCCUUCCAAGUGGGAUAAAUUAAUCCAAGAAAAAUUCUUCUUGUUUCUCCACAGAAUCAGAAGUGAAUCUCAAACUCUUGAUGCUUUAAUUCAUCUCAUGGAACUUGGUAUUUGUUGUAUUAUGUUCAAACAUAACACAAGACACAACAAAGGAGAAGAUCAAUACUUCUUGUACCUGAAAGCUCUGCCAUUAUUUAAUGUUACAAAUUCAAGAAAUUAUUUCCAAUUAACUUCAUACCAUAUUAAUCAACUUACCUAUAUUAGAGAGUACAGCUCAGAAUUUUACCAAUUCAUUGGUAAACACAGAAAUUUACCAAUAUCUCAAAGCAAGUCUGGUAGAUCCACAAGAUUUGUAGCAGCAGAUGAAUUUAUGGAAAUGAAUCAUUCAUACAUCGAAAAUUCCAAUAUCAAUGUUGAUCCACUAACAUUUCCACUAAACAUCCAAAAGAGAAUUUAUGCUAAAGCACUAGAGAGAAUUGCCAUUUCUGGUAACGUGGAACACACUAAGCAUUGGCAAAUCCAACAAGGACAAAUGUAUUUCGUUCAAAUUAUGCUUGAAAGAUUGGGUAAUACUUACUCAGAGGUUAUUAAUAAGGUUGGUUUUACAGACUGUGUUGUCGAUAUUUUCAAUG